GACAAUGUUGCGGGAAUGACCUCAUGUGACUGUAACUAAAAACUUUUAAGUUUCGGCAGGAGCUUUUAGCUUUAGUUAACUUUUUAAAAAAGCAUUUUAAAUAUUUGAUUAUAAGCAAUCGUAAAAAGCCUAGGUGGUUCCAGGACUUGAAAAGUUAUGAUUUUUUAUUGAGUGAUUUAUUUUCUUUCGGAAAUCCUGAAAAACUUCACUGGAAGCUUGUUGUACAUUGUGAUAGUGGGGAGGGAAAAGGCCUGUGGGCGUUGGGACAAUGGAGCAGAGUUCUGUCACUCCGUAUGAGCCUGUGGCAGAAAUUGGAGGAGGGGCCUACGGCACCGUCUACAAGGCACGAGACUCGCGGAGUGGGAAAUUUGUUGCUUUGAAAAAUGUGCGAGUCCAGAGGGACGAAGAUGGUGUGCCACCAUCGACCGUGAGGGAAGUGGCCCUCCUGAAGCGGCUGGAGCACUUUGACCAUCCCAACAUUGUGAGAUUGUUCGAUGUGUGCGCGACAGUGAGGGCAGACCGAGAAACCAAAGUCACUCUGGUGUUUGAGCAUGUUGACCAGGACCUGAAAACCUAUCUGGAGAAGGCUCCAUCGCCUGGUCUACCAGCAGAGACUGUAAAGGACCUGAUGAAUCAGUUGCUGAAAGGCCUGGCGUUCCUUCAUUCCCACAGUGUGGUGCACCGAGACCUCAAGCCAGAAAACAUCCUGGUGACCAGCCGGGGGCAGGUGAAGCUGGCUGACUUUGGCCUGGCUCGUAUCUACAGCUGCCAGAUGGCCCUCACUCCAGUGGUGGUGACCCUGUGGUACCGUGCCCCGGAGGUACUAUUGCAGGCAACGUAUGCCACUCCUGUUGACUUGUGGAGCACAGGCUGUAUCUUUGCUGAGAUGUUUCGAAGAAGGCGUUACUGGCAUUCAGCCCCUAUAAAAGAAUCUCUGCCUUCGACGCCCUGCAACAUCCUUAUUUCCAAGGCCAAAGUCCUGAAGUUUAAGACUAGUGACCUGUGGAGAAGAAACUGCCUGUGCCUUUGCCUGCAAGUCACUGCCUGGGUGCUACUGUUACAACUGUUCUACAGAUGUGCACUGCUGGGGGGAUGGAGGGAGGGGAGGGUGGGUGUGCAGAAAACUAAGCAUUAACCAACUGAGGACUUGUCAUAGUUUGUGAGAUGUCUUUCCAUCUCUCGUAUUGACUUAAGACUUUUUUUUUCUUUGCCCAAAGAAACAAGUGAAACCUGGAACGUGUCAUUGGGUGGUUCUUUGGGGCAGGUCUUGUCCCCCUGGAUUGCAGUUCCCAGUCAGUUAGAAUGAGGUCUCUUGCUCCUUCAGCUCUAUGCAUGGUAUUUUUUUUUUACGUAACCCAGUUUGGCCAUCCAUUUAAAUGGUGAAAGUACAACUGGCACUGAACGAGUGGUUGGAAUUUGCCAUCUGAAGAAGUACUUAUCUGCUGCCUGCCUUCCAUUCCUCCCCCACCCUCCCCUUCCCCACUCUCUCUCAUUGGUAGGUUGCAUCAUCUCUGGCAUGGUUCUCUUUAAAAGGAAGGUUGGACAAUGAUGCUUCCUAAACUGACUCCAUUUCUAUACCAGCAAGAACAAAAGACAGUCCACCCAGAGGAGUGUUUUAACACCAAGAUCGCAAGCUGUUCCCCACUGCCUGGCAGUAAUUCUCCUAUCUUUUUCCUCCCCUCCGCUAUUUAACAAUGCAUUUAACUUCUUAGAAUCAUGAGGCAUGUCUCCUUUUGAGUGCUUUGAUAUUUAACAUCAUGUUUGAUCUUGGAAUGCUCCAAAAUGCCUUGCAACCAAUGACGUGUGGUCACUGUUGUAGGAAACGCAGCAGCCAAUUUGCACGCAGCAAGCUCCCACAAGCAGCAAUGUGAUAAAUGACCAGAUCAUCUGUUUUUGGCUGUUGAUUGAGAGAUAAAUAGUGACAGCAGGGAGAAUUCUUCCCCCUGUUCUUCCAAUUGUGUCAUGGGAUCCCUGAGAGUCCUGACAGGGCCUUCGUUUAAUGCUCCAUCUGAAAGCUGGACCCUCGGACAAUACAAUGUUCCUUCUGUACUGCACUGUCGGCAUGGAUUUUUUGCUUAAGUCUCUGCAGCACAACCUUCUAAGGCAGAGGUACUAUCUACUGAGCCACAGACAUACCUCUGCAGCUGUGGACAGGUGGCAAGCAGAAAAGGUUUUCCAUACAAAUCAGUGUCUCCUCUCCGUGUUCUAAGAUUCAUCUUCCUGGUUGAGCCACCUCUCUGCAGCCUGUCUUGAAACUUGGGAAGACUAGCAGGUUUGUGGCUAGCUCAGUCUGCCAUCCAACCCCUUCACACUGAGCAGCGAGAGGCAUGUUUACCAAAUGUAGUUGCAAGGUGGUUAUUGGGGCUGGAAGCAUUGGAUUAUCAAAAGUUUCAAUCAAUUGUUCUUAUUUUUCCCUUGCCUGUUAACUAAUGAGUUGCCACAUGAUUGUAGAACUGUGCAAUAUGGAUUUGAAACUCUGACACACACUAAAACUCACCUUGCCAAAUCUCCUGUUUUUACUGGUGCAUGGGACUGUGAUUGACAGCAUCUUUGGGCAGAUAAAGAAACCCAUUUGUAGUACUGAAUGCCAGAUACUGUACCAAUCUGACUAAAGACUUGUUCCACACAUUGAAAGCCAGUCUCUGGUUUACUGAAGAGGGAAUUUUUUACAUAAUGUACUGUAAUAUCAUCAGAUCACAGGAAUAUAAAGUGAAGCCCAAGGACAGAACCACUUGACUGAAGUAGAUUCUAGCCUUUGUAAAAAAAAAAAACUCUCUAUAGUACAACACAAUCUUAUAGGCAGAAAAUGCAGAAUUUAACACCUGACAAGAAAUUGGAGUGCCUUUUAACUAGUCCAAAACUUGGUCUUUUUGUGUCGCAACAAGCCAAAGGUUCAAAAUUCUCCACUAAUCACUCACUGUCCAUGUUUGAAAUCCCACAAGAGCCCCCACUUUAUGACCCCAGCUGAGAUUACCCUGAACAAGCCUGAUCCCAGCUUGAUAGAUCCUAACUUUUAUUGGUUUUAAAUAUGUGAAGAAUAGUGACUGAACAGUCACCGGAGUCAGCUAAUGAACUUUUACCAAAGCAUAAAACACUUAUUCAACAAGAAAAGAUGAACUAGAUUACAAUACUCCACCCACAACUAUACCUUUACAGAUAUAUACAGAUUUAUAAGGAUAACACCAGUUACAAAAACAUUCUUGGACCUACUGGGAACAUUAGAGUAUAUGUAAAUCUAUGGCACCCUGUGGUCAGACACGCCACACUCUGAAACCAAGUGACAGAUGCCACCUCAACCAGAUGCAAUGGUGAUCUCAUCAACCACCAACUGUCCCCCACUCCCAACCCCCCCAGAAGCUUGUCACGCUGUGAGCCGACCAGUCUCACUUAACUCAGUCUUUCACACGAGGGUUUCCAAUCUCCACUUGCCAAGAACUCGCUUUGGAAUCUUCUCCCAAACCGACGUGCUUUCUCAGACACCUUCUGCAAGGGUUCACCUCCAGGGUUUCGAAUUCUCCUG